CAUUUAUUGGGUAAGAUCUCAUUAUACCUUUUGUUUGGCGUCCAUCUCGCUUCAACAAGCUUGGUUUAAUCUUCAAUUACCUUUAUUCCUUCAACCAGGGUCCUCUUUCGGCAGUUGGUCUAAACAGCCUUGUUACCAUCCAUCACCUGCACGAUCUGACCAAGUUCGAAGUCAAGUCGAAGUCGGGUCUUCGUAUCAUGGCGAUAACCCGGUGGUAAGGUUGUGGUCGGAAGGGGUAGGUCUCUGGUCUUUUGAGGAUAAAUCUCGCACGCCGCUCUUCCGUCGUUUACCUCAGCCUAGAAGCCGACAGAGUAUGUAAUGUACGAAAGAUUCAUUUCAUCUCCUCCCCUAUCGGUUCAUCAUCUGUGGCGACAUAUUUACCAGGCACACAGACCCUGGUCGAGAGGCCGAUUCAAGAGACACUCCUGACUUUCCCUCAUUCCAUUUUCUUUCCUUUCCUUUUUGCUCUUUCUUUUUGGGAAAACCCCCCUCGAUCAACUCAUACCUUGCCCAAUUGAAACACAGGGGAUAGUAUAAGAUACAUCGAAUCGAACGACAAAGACGCCUUCAGCUGACCUAAACUCCCCAUUUUCCCAAGACAGGGAACGAACUCGUACUAUAAUACUUGUUCUCUAUCUAUUCAAGCCUAGUACUACUAUCCCUGCCCGUCCACCAACUAGUACGACUGUGUGACCUACCUCCUCUCCUGGCGCUUCUAAGGAACCCAGGUCUUGUUCGCCAUCGCUGGUUCCAGACUUGAUCCGACUUUUGAAUUCGACUUCAACCACCACCCCGAGCGGAUCCCGACCCCCGUUGACGUCGUCGGUCACAUACCAGAUCACAAACUCGUCGAAAUUCGCUCUACCUAUUGACAUCUCUUUGGGUUGUGGGGAUUCUGACCGACCUUUUCAUCUCGAUUGUCUGGCUACUUGCUAUACAACCAUUUAUAUAUUUGUUUAUACGUCCUCUCUUCCUAGGAACUUGUUUGCGUCAACCUUUUUUUCCGUUGUCCAAAAAUGUCAUCAUCGGACAGUCUAAGUACGACGUCGUCCCGUUCUUCACGUUCUUCUUCUUCACUACACAUCGACAUGUCUUUUGGUCACGACACCACUACCUCUAUGGCUCAAAACCCUGGCUCGACGGCAUGGCAGCAGCAUCACCACCACCAUCAUCCUCACACCCCUCACAUCCCUUCGCCACACGUCCCUCACAUCGCGACCCCCCACCCAUUGGCCGCCGCCACUCAGUACCUGGACAAGCACGUGGUGGGGGUGUUUGCAAAGCACCAGACAGAGUUCAAUGUCAACCGGCAAGCGAGGGAGGCAAAACGCGAGGCCCGCCACAGCCUUGUCGACAGUCCGAUUCCCGAGUACGAACACGAUGACGACGUCGAGCGGCACGAAUCCGAUCGGCAACGACAACACAAGAUCAGCACGGCCCUGAGGACGGCCGCCGUCACGUCGUUCGCCCCCGCCUUGGUGGAUGGACAAGGUAUCAUCGACGACAGAAACGAAGGGGACGACAAUGAAGCGUGGAUGGCGGUUUUGGCGAAGAGGGAGGCUGCAAGGUUAAGGUCGGGAACUGGUCUGUCGACGGCCACGGGUGGUGGUGGUGGUGGUGGUGACGACUCGGGAAAAAAUUCGUCGUCACCACCACCGCCCGGCGGACGAGCAGAGCGCUAGUGCGAAUGGAAGUGCAAGUGCAAAUGUAAACGGUGGCGAGCCUUGAUUGCACGGGUGACGGGUCGAAUAGGUGGUCAAGGUCGUGGGCGAGCAAUCAGUUGGGUUUGAUUUGAAAAAAGGACCGCAUUCAAAGUCCAAAGCCCGUCGAUAUCGAUAUCGACAUGGCGCAUCAUGAAACGAUUGAACGAUGAACGAUUGAGUGUACGAAUGUAGUUUGAAAUAUGAAACAUGAAACAUUAAACACACUCUCCAAAUGCUCAUUCCGCUGUCAACACUCGAAGAGCAAAGAACAUGAUCAGUUUCACUUUGAAGUACUCCAGUACUAUCAACUCACGACGCGGUACGUCUACCCUACUGUUACUCCAAUGCGCGCCCAACACCAAAACAAAAACAAAAAUGGUGUAUACACAAACGGUCCCAUGGGUCAGUCAUGUCUUCAUAUGAGAACGGAUUUCAAUCGUCAGAUUACUCUCCCUGUCAAGUGUGCUCAUUCAUGCCUCGCUCUCGACGACCCGGUAUCCCUCUGCCAGCUUCUUGGUAAUCUCCUCGUUCUUAUGUUGCAACAACGACAACGCAUAAGCCGUAUCGUCCCACUGUCUCUUGUUGACGCACCGAC